AUGCAAGAAGAACACAACAUCACUUACGAAGUUAAAGGUAAAUGCGCCAUCAUAACUUUCAACAUUCCUUCCAAGUUGAAUGCUUUGGGUGCUGCUCAGUACUUGCAAUUAGGUAAAUUUGUCGAGGAAGCUGAUAAAGAAGAAGGCACAGUGGCCACUAUUAUACAAUCCACUGGAAAAUUUUUUAGUGCCGGUGCCGAUUUUGCUGACAAACAGACUUUGAGCAAAAACGCUGCUGUAUAUUUCAGUCACGAGCAUUGGUUAGCUAAUUUUGUUGCUAGAAACACCUGGUUGACUAAUGUUUUCAAUGACCAUUCAAAGAUUUUGGUUGCUGCUGCUAAUGGUCCAGUUAUUGGAUUAUCAGCCGCUUUACUUUUGUUGUGUGAUUUGAUCUAUGUCAAUGAUUUGAAGAAAUUCUACAUUUUGACUCCAUUUGCCAACUUGGGUUUAGUCACUGAAGGUGCUACUUCAAUUACUUUGGCUAGAAGAUUGGGUUGGUCAAAAGCCUCAGAGGCAUUGUUGUUAGCCAAGAGAAUUCCGGGUGAUGAUUGUGAACAAAAUGGAUUGAUCAACAAACAUUUUACUGGCGAAUCAAAGAGCACAGAAGAUUUCAACAAGGCAGUGUAUGAGUUGAUUCAAGAUUCAGUCGAUUCUUUACAUGAAGACUCGAUCUUCGGAAUCAAAAAGUUGAUGAAAAUUGGAAGAGACCCAGUCGUUAAUCAAGUCAACUCACAAGAAGUUGUCAAGGGUUUCAACAAAUGGAUUGAAGGUGUUCCACAAAGAAGAUUUGCUGAAUUGGCCAGUAAGGAGAGAAAACACAAGAUGUAA